CGUGAGCGUACAGCGGAAGAAAAGCAGGUGCAGUCAUAGCAUCAGGCUCAUAACAACCGUUACCAACGCUAGAGGCCCUUUUGAAAUAAACAUCUGAAUACCUUUUCAUUUAAGCUUUUUUUGUUGUUGUGAACGACGCUGGAGGCUCGACGUCAUGACUUUGAACCAGAACCAUUCAGAGUCUGGCGGAGUCAUCAUCAACAACAGUGAGAGUGUGUUGAUGUGCCAUGAAAAUGUGGAGCUUGUCUUCUGUGAUGCGGAAAGUCUGCCUGAACCCUUCAGAAAGAGCAAAAAGGGCAGUGUCUACUUAACCCCAUACAGGGUCAUCUUCCUGGCUAAAGGACGGGAUGCUCUGCAGUCCUUUAUGAUGCCAUUCUACUUGAUGAAGGGCUGUGAGAUAAAACAACCGGUUCUGGGUGCCAAUUACAUCAAGGGUACUGUGAGUGCAGAGCCUGGAGGUGGAUGGGAAGGAAGUGUGACGCUCAAGCUUGUCUUUGCUGCGGGUGGAGCCAUAGAAUUCGGCCAGUUCAUGCUGCAGGUUGCAGCUCAGGCUUCUAAAGGCCAACCUGUGACACCUGGCUUCAGUGGCUGUCCUUAUAUGGCUAAUGGAGGCUGUGCUUACCCUCCUCCCCCUGCUAAUGGAAUGUACCCUCAAGGACCUCCCCCUGGCUACUCUUACCCCAACCCUCCUCCUCCAGGGGGAUUCUACCCAAGUCCUCCAGCUUUCGAUGCCUCUGCGAGCUAUGUACCUCCACCUCCUUAUUCUGCUCCUCUGGGUCAGCAGCCACCACGUGACCCAGAUCUCCCCUCCUCAGCAGCAGCGGAGGCCAAGGCAGCAGAAGCAGCAGCGAGUGCCAGCUGUGCCACUCUGCCUCCUACCCAUGUGUAUCUGCCACAGGACAAGCCUCCCCCCUACUCCCCACCAGAGGACAAGAAGAAUCAGUAGACGUGCUUUAUCUCACCCUCGUUCCUCUGUGUCCUAAAUCUCACUGGACCAUGUCUUCUCUCAUUCCAUUAACCGGACAUCAGGAGGGCUUUAAUUGUUUCCCUGCUCAAGACAUACGCUCCUCUCGGUCUUCCUUAUCACCUUCUAACUUUCAGUUUGUUUUUCUCCUCAUUGCUUUCCUGUCUAUCUUUGUGUGGUCAGCUUGAUUCUCCUAAAAGCACCUUUACUUCCUAGAAAGUAGCAAAGAUCAAGCGUUGGCAGCCAAAACCGCCACGCUCCAUGUGCUUGUUAACAGGAUGUGGCGGAUGUUUUUAGCACGUGUGUCCCAUGAAUCCUCUCCCUCCUUAAACACUAAUGGUGUAAAGCUCACUUAGAAUUUUCUAAACCAAACUUGAUCUAAUGAAGUUAUUUGCUUCGCUAAGAUGACCAGAGGCUAACUGAAUGCAGUCUUAUUUUUCUAUUAUUUGUGUGUACAUGUUUUUAAAGAAGGUAUUUUCUGGAGAACACUAAUAUAAAGUAUGAAGUAGCUUUUGUAAAAUGAGCUGCAAUCUGUUUUUGACGCGCUUUAGUGGACAAGAGGACCAGAAGGAUCAGAGCCCCCAGCAGUGAAUCCCUGAUCAGGGAUUAGAGCAGAGGUUGGACCAGGAGGGAUUAUCCCCCCAGUGUGCGGGGGCAGACCAGUCACCCAAUGAUGUCACGUCCUGUCCAGGUCAUGCUCAGACUACACCCUCACCUGGCUUCACCUUUUGUUCCUCUGUCGUCCAUUUUUCCUGAUAGUAACAUGACCGCUCGGAGGAUCAUCUGUUUCUGUGCUCAUGAUCUCAACUCCCCUGGUUUCAGAUCUGUUGUUCAGUCCGAUCUGAGCGUCUCCGUAUCCGCGCCUCGGUUCUUCCUUCCUCUGUGGUCAUUUAUCUGUAUCCUGUAUCUGUGGCAACAUCAGCGGCUGAUUCUUUGCACUUUUAGAAUGCUAUGCAUCAGGCUACAGUUUGCUCUGUCAUGGCUGGAUGUACAAUAAAAAAUACAGCUCUGUAUCUA